GCACUGUGGUAGUACAAAAGGAGUCUUUUGUGUACCAGGAGUACCACUAGUACCAUUAAAAACAAACACGCAAACAUGACUGUGAGAGUGAAUGUGAUUUGUAAUGAAAUUAUCUGAGGUUUCCCGGUCAAGGGCAAGUGGUACCGUCAAUUAUUUUCGAUUUUUCUUAAAAUAAAAAUAAAGUGUGUCAAUCAAUAGUCAGUUUAAGAAUUCAUGCUCACCCACCUGUCGCUUAUUUACACUAAUUUGUCGAUUUCUAGAGCGUAAUGUGACUUUUUUCGCUCUGGUAAGUCGUACUUUUAAGGCAUUUUUCCCCGUUUUUCGCUCAGUUUAACCAUGCUCCUUGUGCUUGUUUUAGUACUACCUCUCGUGCACUCCGGUGAUAUAAUCCAUUUUGAUUUUUUCGGGGAUCCACCCGAAAUUCACAACCGCAAAGACGAUUUCGUCAAAAAUGAGAUUGAGUCAGAAUUUGGGGUUUUCGUGGAUAAAAGACCCAAAUUUCAAACCAGUCCAAAAAUUUCAUCAGGUCGUGCGAGGAUUAACAAUUUACUCAAAAAUUAUUUGACGAAACUUUACGAACAAAAAUUUCGUCAACCAGAGACUAAAUUUUUUGGUGAUUUGAGGAACAAGACAAAAAAAAUCAACAAGUUUUUGAGUUUGUUCCAAAUCGUGCAAUUUGCGAACUCCCAGUGUCAAAGUAGUGGUACCUUUGGUGAUUAUUUGGGUACUUGCUACCACGAAACCGAAUGUUCGGCCAUGAAUGGUACCAAUUUGGGUGACUGUGCUGACGGUUACGGAGUGUGCUGUGUCUUUCGGAAUACUUGUGGUACCAGUUCUGAUCGCAAUUGCACCUAUUUUGAGAGUCCCGGGUACCCUGACUACGACCCUCCCGGGCCAAUGGUACUACCACCGAGUACCAUGCCGCCGCCGAUCACCCCCGACCCUCGACUCCCACUCAGUGGUACCAAUCGCCAAUCUGACACUACCAUGGAGUGUACCAUUAAUAUCUACAAACAAGGGGAUAACAUCCAACAAAUGCGAAUCGAUUUCAUUGAUUUGGAGUUGAGAGGACCAGUUGAUGGUACUUGUGGUACCGAAAGAUUGGUGAUUAGUGGCCAAAAUAUCAAUGCAGUACCGGAGAUUUGUGGUUACAAUACCGGACAACAUGUUUAUGUCGAUGUUUCGACUUUAAUGGGCCCCUUACAAUUAUCAGUACUGUCAAAUACCGGAGAAAGAAAACGUUACAAAAUCCGGAUCUGUCAAAUAGCAAAUGAUUGUUCCCAAUCAAAUAAUUGUUUACAGUACUACACCGGAGUCACCGGAAUGAUAUCAUCAUUUAAUUACGACCAAGCGGCCAUAAAUAAUAGAAGCGAACCGGGAUAUUUUAAUAAUCUCAACUAUGCGAUUUGUAUCCGAAAAGAAGCCGGUUUUUGCUCAAUUACGUACACAAAUGUGCCCAAUGGUCUCGAAUACCCUUUUCAAUUGGUCAAUUUGAAUGAUGAUGGGGUAAGUACCGUUCCGAUGGGUCAAGCAGGCGUUGAUAUUUUUAACUGUCCGGAUGAUUAUAUAGUGAUCGGUGGUACCAGAUUGUGUGGUGAUAAGCUCAAUGAUGGGUCUUUGAUUGAGGAUUUUACCAUGAAUGCCCCGGUUACUGAUUCCAGUGCCGGACCGAUUGUGAUUCCUGUGAGGACCGAUGGGAGUGUUACAGGGCGUGGAUUUAAAUUAUUUUAUACCCAAAACAGGUGUCCUUGAUUAUUUAUUCAUAUUUAUUUAAUUUAAAUUUAUUAAGAAUUUUUGAAUUUUUAUUUAA